AAACCUUCGCUUACAUUUUCUUUUCUUGUUUCGUUUCAGGGAUCCAUAAGAUAACUUCAAACUUUUUGAAAGAAACUCUGUAAAGAGCGUUUUAAAAAAGUCAUGGCUUCUGGUCUGUUUUCUUUUCAAAAGAGCAUGGCUUCUGGUAGUACAAGGGCUAAAGUUACCGCUGAGUUUCAUUCAAAAAAAAAAGUUACCACUGAGUUUGGAGACACAGUUACUGUGACGCCUAGAGCAAGGCAUCAGGCGACAAUAGUUUGGCUUCAUGAUCUCAACGAAUCUGGCUAUGAUUCCUCUGAAUUGGUAAAGAGCUUCUCGCUUUACAAUGUUAAGUGGAUCUGUCCAAGCUCUCCUCUAAUCUCUAACGUGGGUUUUGGUGGAGCACCAGCAAGGGCAUGGUUCAAGGUCAACGAAUUUUCUAGUCGCAUGCCUGAUCCCUAUGAGAUGGAGGGUUUAAAGAAUUCAGCUGCACAUGUUGCUGGACUCUUAAAGAAUGAACCAGAAAAUGUGAUGAAGGGCGUAGCAGGUUACGGUAUUGGUGGAGCACUAGCUCUCCACAUAGCGACUUGCUAUGCACUUGGAAGUUUUCCUAUUCAAAUACGAGCUGUUGUCGGCAUCAACUGCUGGCUUCCCAAUAGAUUCAAGUUAGGAGAUCAAAUAGAAUCUAUACCUGACGCUACAUCGCGUGCUGGAGAGCUUUCGGUCUUAGUUACGCAUGGAAAUAAUGAUAAAAUGGUUCCUUAUGAAACUGGAAGAUCAUCUGCUGAAAAACUUAGCAAGGCUGGAUUUAAACAAAUCAAGCUAAAAACAAUUCAUCUGUACAAACCGUCAACUACUUUUUUUUCUUCCCUUUUAUCACAACUACUUUACUUCCGUUUGCUAUAUUAUUUCACUAAAUUGAUCUCUUCAUGUGCAGUUGUGACCAUGCCAUCGUUUUCCAGAUAAUGACCGAGGUCAGUCUCUGGUUGACAAGGAAGUUCGAGCUGGAGGGGGAGCCAGAUACUACAGUAUAAUUUAGCAAAAUACUAAAAUAAUACGUACUAGCUUAAUUAUGUUUAAAAUAAUAAGAAACGAUUAUAUAGCGAAUAUAUUUAAGUGUUUGUUUUCUUUCUAGUAUUCCAUUUGUUGGCUUGGCAGUUUCUCAUCGUCGUUUGUCCUUUUGUCGUUGUCGGAUUCUCGUUUUUGAAUAAUUUAG